GAGCGUGGGGCCGGGCGGCGGGCGCGCCCAAGCGGCGGCUGCGAGCGCCCCCCCGCGCCGCGCCCCCGCGCGCCCCCCGCGCCGCGCCCGCGUGCGCCUGGCUUGCGGGGGGCCGGGCCUGCGGGCGGCCGCCGAGCCGCGCAUCCAUGGACGGCCCGGCUAUCAUCACCCAGGUGACCAACCCCAAGGAGGACGAGGCCCGAGCGCCUGGCGCGAGCGAAAAAGCUUCCCAAUGCAAUGUCAGCUUAAAGAAGCAGAGGAGCCGCAGCAUCCUUAGCUCCUUCUUCUGCUGCUUCCGAGAUUAUAAUGUGGAGGGCCCUCCAGCCAGCAGCCCUAGUGUGCUUCCGCCAUUGGUGGAGGAGAAUGGUGGACUUCAGAAGGGUGACCAGAGGCAGGUUAUUCCCAUACCAAGUCCACCAGCUAAAUACCUCCUUCCAGAGGUGACGGUGCUUGACUAUGGAAAGAAAUGUGUGGUCAUUGAUUUAGAUGAAACACUGGUGCACAGUUCAUUUAAGCCUAUUAGCAAUGCUGAUUUUAUUGUUCCGGUUGAAAUCGAUGGAACUAUACAUCAGGUGUAUGUGCUGAAGCGGCCACAUGUGGAUGAGUUCCUACAGAGGAUGGGACAGCUCUUCGAGUGUGUGCUCUUUACUGCCAGCUUGGCUAAGUAUGCAGACCCUGUCGCUGACCUCCUCGACCGCUGGGGUGUGUUCCGGGCCCGACUCUUCAGAGAAUCCUGUGUUUUCCAUCGCGGGAACUAUGUCAAGGACCUUAGUCGCUUGGGACGGGAGCUGAGCAAAGUGAUCAUUGUUGACAAUUCUCCAGCCUCAUACAUCUUCCAUCCUGAGAAUGCAGUGCCUGUGCAGUCGUGGUUCGAUGACAUGACGGACACAGAGCUGCUGGACCUCAUCCCCUUCUUUGAGGGGCUGAGUCGUGAGGAUGACGUGUACAGCAUGCUGCACAGACUCUGCAAUAGGUAGCCCUGGCCUCGGCCCCCUCUGCCUGUGUGCUCUGGAACCUCUGGCCUCUGGACCUACCUGGCCUCCCUCAAACUGAUAGUGAGGAGACUCCGUGCUUCUGGCCACAGGGUGAAUGUGGCCAUGCCUAACUGAUUUGUUUUUAAGAACAGAAACAACUAUUUUAAAAAAAAAAAGAAAAAGACUCUUUUAACAAAUUUCAUAAAGAGACCUGCAUUUUACUGGAUUUGCUUUUCUUAAAACACACCAAAAAAAAAAAAAAAAAAAAAGAGGGAAAAAAAGCUUGAUACCUAUUAGACUUCUUUGAACUGUCCACCCUUCCAAGCAGACAACUUGUCCUCUUCUAUCCCAGCUCAGUGCAGCUGACCCAACUCAGAAUCUGUUUCCUACAGGAUGAAGUGCCUUUCUGAAUGUUAUUUUAAGCUGAGAGUUAAUUUUUCUACACAACAUAUUUCCAACAUCUUUUAGUCUUUUAUUGUCUUAGAUACUCAAAGAAGAUGAACAUGACAAUUUUCUAAAGCCUGUUGGUGUGUGUGUGGUGGGUCGGGGGUAAUCGAGGUGGGGGAGUGAGUCAUAGGAGCCUGUCUCCUAACAGGUGUAGCUUUGCUGUAACCACCUGUGGCGUGUUCUAGAGUCAGGCUCCCAUUGAUACAUGAAGUUUGCUGUGACUGUCCUUGUCCGCAUUCAUUUUAACCCAUUUUAGAAUGUACCUGCAAUUGUGUGGCUCGACACUUUAGGAAAUAAUAGGUUCUUUUAUAUGAUUAUCAUUUAUGCUGGUAACAAGUUUGUCUUGAGGUCACAUUUUUCCCUUGAAAAGUGGCAUCAUGUCACUUCUGCUUUCACACUACUGCCAUACUUCUGUGUGUUUUUUGUUUGGUUACUGGUUUUGGUAGAACAGUUACAAGAAACCCUAAAACCCUUGAAUAUAUAUAUUUUUAAAAAGCCUGUUUAUUGAUUUUUUAAAUCUUUCCUUUCCAAAAGCUGGAUACACAUGGAGCUGUUUGGGAAUUUUCUUUGCUGCUACCACGCUGCCACCAAAUGGAAUUGACCAGCGGCUGUUAACACUGUUCUUUGCCACUGUGCCUAUGCUCAGAAUAUGCUCACUGCUAAGCUACAAACUUGGACAGGGUCAGAAACAGGUGUCCCACCCCAUUGCAGACUGUGCCACCUGUCUCCUUUCCCUGGUACUGCAGCCAGGAGUGCAGAAGGCUACCAAGGCAAAAGGGCCAGAGCACCACGCAGGUAUGGUGCUAAUUUUAAACUGCAGUCGGCAUCAGGUCUUGUGAUAAGCUGGCUGUUCUCCCUGUGACCUCAUCCAGGCACCACGCUGACAUGGCCCAAGUUCAUCCCCUGGUCUUCUUAGAAGCACAGCCUAUUCUGAGCCCAAGGUUGGGUAAGCCUGUCUAGAUGUGAGACUCAUCACUCCAGACUAGGAAGAAGGGCUCCUCCUCUGAGGCUGGGCUCUCUUUGCAGUCUUUCUCAGUUUAAGCAGUGCCAUGUUUCUUGUUUGACAGCAAGACAGUUUAUAAAGUACUGCUCUUCAACAUAAGUAAAAAGAACCCUUUUAUGUUGGCACCAUUGCCUUAGUCUUCUGUGGGUUGGAUCUCAGCCAGAGUUCUGGUGGGAGCGACUGGCACUACCAACACUCAAAACUGGAAGUCAAAGUAAAAUUUCUUCUCCUUUUUUUGUUGAUUUCAUCCACAAAAUAAUGAAGCCAGCUGCCAAUGAUGUCCUCCCAACAGCACUUGGUCUGUGGACUCCUGUGCAUUCACAAGAGAAAUAUUCCCAACAUUUUGAGUGUUCCAAACCCAGUAAUCCACAUGCCAGUUAAAAUAGAAAUUUCUCCUUGCUAGACAUUACCACAGAUGACAAUUACAUGGCAAAUCUGCACAUGCCAUAAACCUUUAUUUGGGAAACUAGUCAUUAAAUGACCCCGCUGCCUUAAAUGUCUUUAAUGUUACAGUCAAGUGUCUGUUAUGUGUUGAUGUCUACAUAGAACUAGGCCCUGAUGAGAGCCUUAGACCUUCACCCAUGUCUCCUCCUGUGUUGACUUCAGAGAAGGCCGACACAGAAGGAGUUGAAAUUCUAAAAUGUUUCAGGGGAAGCUAGCCCACGAAUAGUGUUCCACUUCUGACAGGUGGAAUGAAAACAUGUGGUAGACUUGAGCCAGACCCUUUACCUACAAAUUUCCACAUCCAUGAGCACCCUGCACUGCUGUUGCACUAAUCCAUUGCGGAGCUAAUGGGGAGGGAGCCCAGUCCCUGCCACCACAGACAGAAUGUGUCGGGAGGGCCGCCAGAGCCUCUGAAGGUUCGGCAAUCUGUGCACCUUAUUUGAUCACACUCCAAAAUUGUUUUUAUUUUUAACCCUUGAUUCUGCUUUAUGUACAUAAUCAAAAUAUCUAUAUCUAUGUAUUUUUAAUCAUCUACAUGUAAAUGAAGCAAUAGAAUUCUAACAUUAAGGCCCAGAAAUGAGAUAAAUGUUUAGGGUUUGUGUUUGUUAAAGGUAAAUACGGGUAUUGUUCUUAAUUCUUAACUUUUAUUAAAUUGUGGGCUUUAAAACCUAAUGAAACCUAUUAGCUACUCUCUGUGCCAUAUAUUUGCCACAUUACCAAAAUACUCCAACUCUUUUGCCAAAAGAGAAGUCUGACCUCCUGAGUUUCCAUGGUCCUCUCAAUACCAAGUGAAAAUGUAGUCUUCUGGACAAGCGUGCUUUACAUUAAGAUAUGGGACAGGAUUCCUUCGGGUCAUGGGCUCCAACCUACCAUGAUGUUAUCACAUCUCUAGCCAGACCUUGACAAUUCCUGUUGAUGGUAAUGCUCCGUCUUCCAUUUGCUCUGGAAUCCUGUGUGUUGGUCUGUAGUUUCACUCACUAGCUAUUUGUAAACAAUGUAUUUGUAUACUAAUAAAUACCACCUGUCAUGGUUGAUGGUUAGUGGGGAAGCUCCUUUGACAUGGUACAGUUCUGAUGAGAUGUCUUUGAGGAAAUGAGGAUGCACUAAUGACUUGUCAUGGAUACAGCAUUUGAACUUUGUAUGUAAAAAAGAAGUUUGUAAGUCUAUAACUUGGGAAUGUUUUACAACCUGUAUUUUAAACAUGACUUCUAAUAAACUCCAGAAACACACAGCCCUAUGGUCAAACACUCAUGAUGUUUGUGCCUCUACUUUUAAAGGUGCUGUGCUGGACAGUUGGCAUGCCAUGGUUUGAGAAGAGCAGAUGACUUGAUGUACUUGGAAUCGCCUGUGCAAAACUGGCUGGCUGCCUCUGUUCCUAUUUUACUGUAAAUCUGAUCAUGUCUGUUCCUUAUCCAUUCUCCUAGGAGCUUCUCGGCAGACUGAUACCCCCUCCUAAUAGUAGAGAUGUUGAUGGCUAGAAGUUAUGGAUGUCUGCUAGGCAUUUGAAUGUGAUAAACAAUUCAGCAUUAUUUGGGAAAUCCUACAUGUGGAAUGUGCACGUUUCCAGGGAUGAGUAUUGUCAAUCAAGAGGUUUGCAAUGAUUUGUUUCCUGCCAAAAUAAACUCAUGAAACUGC